AAACGCUUGGAAAGCAACACUGCGUGAUUUUUGGCCCUGCUGUCUCUCCUCUCUUUUCUCUCUUUCCUUUCCUGGUUUUGCGUUUCAAAAUCGAAUGUGAGAUACUUCCGUGAUGCUUUAUAGUUCAUAUAGGUGUGUGUGUACGCGUAUAUAUAUCGUCAUUGAGCCUACAAUAGAAAGCAAGUAAGUUAAGAAAGAUUUGAGAGAAGAGUACAAGCAUGGAUUUGGAGAGAGGUUUCCCUUUGCUCUACCAGCAAUUCAAAGCGCUCCUCAAGAAGAACCUACUACUUUCAUGGAGGAAUAAGACAGCGACGUUUCUUCAGCUGUUCUCUUCGUUCUUCUUCAUCCUCCUCAUUUUCUUAAUACAGAAAGCGACGGAGGCGAGGUUGGCGUCUUCGACGGGAAUGAAAGCCGAGACGGACCCGGUGAUGCUAGUCUCGCCAUCAAUUCCUCCUUGCGAGGAUAAGUUAUCCUUGAAGCUCCCUUGUUUUGACUUCGUUUGGAGCGGAAACGGGAGCCGAAGAGUCAGAAGGAUUGUCAGAGCUAUCAUGGCCAAUAAUCCUGGUAGACCGAUUCCAGAUAGUAAGGUUAAAUCAUUUAGAACAACCAAGGAGGUAGACGAAUGGCUUUUUGCUAAUCCCAUGCGUGUACCUGGAGCUUUGCAUUUUACGGAAAGAAAUGCUACAGUAAUUGGCUAUGGUAUACAGACUAAUUCUACCACAGAAGAUACGAGUGGGAUUAAUGAAGAUCCCACAUUUGGAAUGCAAAUCCCACUCCAGAUUGCCGCUGAACGUGAAAUUUCUAGAUUUCUAAUUGGAGAUCCAAACUUUAGCUGGGCUGUUGGAUUUAAGGAAUUUGCCCGCCCUGCAUAUCCCGCACCAAAAGCUUCUUCUAUACUGGAUAGCAUGGGACCAGUGUUCUUCCUUACUGUGGCCAUGUUUGGUUUUGUGUUUCAAAUCAGUUCUUUGGUUUCAGAGAAAGAGCUCAAACUUCGGCAGGCAAUGACAAUGAUGGGUCUUUUUGAUUCUGCUUAUUGGUUGUCAUGGCUAACUUGGGAAGGAAUCAUCACAACUGUUUCAUCAAUCUUGACAGUUCUCUUUGGAAUGAUGUUCCAGUUUGAUUUUUUCUUGAAGAACAGUUUUGUAGUAGUGUUUCUUCUCUUCUUUCUUUUCCAGUUCAACUUGAUGGGUCUGGCAUUCAUGCUGUCAUCUUACAUUAGCAAGUCAUCUUCAGCAACCACAGUUGGUUUCUUUUUGUUCAUAGUUGGUUUUAUCACAGAGAUUGCCACAUCAAGUGGUUUCCCUUAUGAUCGCAAAUCCUCUACUUUUCUUAGAGCCAUUUGGUCAUUGUUUCCACCUAAUCCGUUUUCCCGAGGACUGGCUCUGCUUAGCAAAGCAAUUACAACUCCUCGCAAUCCUGGAAUUAGCUGGAGCAAAAGAGCAGAGUGUAUUCCAAAUGUUGAUGGUGAUUGUGUGAUGACAAUUAAUGAUAUCUACCUAUGGCUGAUUGGAAGUUUUGCCCUUUGGUUCAUUUUGGCUAUAUACUUGGAUAACGUACUUCCAAACACUUAUGGUGUGCGAAAAUCAAUUUUCUACUUUUUAAGGCCUGGUUACUGGACAGGGAAAGGUGGAAACAAGGUAGAAGAGGGUGGAAUUUGUGGUUGCAUGGGUUCUGUUCCACCACCGCAACAUAUCCCUCCAGAGGAUGAGGAUGUCAUUGAAGAAGAAAAUACUGUUAAACAACAAACAAGGCAAGAUUCUGUUCAUUCUAGUGUUGCAGUUCAGAUACGUGGCCUUGUAAAGACAUUUCCCGGAACAAGGAAUAUUGGUUGCUGCUGUAAAUGCAAAAGGACUUCACCGUAUCAUGCUAUCAGAGGCUUAUGGUUGAACAUUGAAAAAGAUCAAUUAUUUUGUCUGCUUGGACCCAACGGUGCUGGAAAAACUACUACAAUCAACUGUUUGACUGGUAUAACACCAGCGACUUACGGAGAUGCGCUUAUUUACGGAAAUUCCAUAAGAAGCUCCGUUGGCAUGUCAAACAUUCGGAGACUGAUAGGAGUUUGUCCACAGUUUGACAUCCUUUGGGAUGCUUUAUCUGCUGAAGAGCACCUCUACCUGUUUUCCAGUAUUAAAGGGCUACCAACAACAUUAAUUCAGUCACUAGUUCACAAGUCAUUGGCAGAUGUAAAACUAACUGAGAAGUCUGCAGUUAGAGCUGGGAGUUACAGUGGAGGAAUGAAACGCCGCCUUAGUGUUGCAAUUGCUCUGCUUGGAGAUCCUAAAUUGGUCUUUUUGGAUGAACCGACUACUGGUAUGGAUCCAAUCACACGGAGACAUGUAUGGGACAUAAUACAGGACGCCAAAAGAGGGCGCGCAAUUGUCCUCACAACACACUCUAUGGAAGAAGCAGACAUUCUAAGCGACCGCAUAGGAAUCAUGGCAAAGGGUAGGCUCCGCUGCAUUGGAACAUCUAUCAGGCUGAAGUCACGUUUUGGUACUGGCUUUAUUACUAAUGUUAGCUUCGCUGGAAACAAUAAUGUACAAAGUCGUACCAAUAUAGAAGCAGUUGGUGCAGAAAACCAAGAUGCCGUGAAGCACUUCUUUAAACAACACUUGAAUGUGAUACCGCUGGAGGAAAACAAAGCUUUCUGCACAUUUGUUAUUCCACGAGAUAGAGAGAAGCUUUUAACUAAUUUUUUUGUGGAGCUGCAAGAUAGAGAAAAUGAAUUUGGCAUAGCAGAUAUUCAACUUGGUCUUGCAACCUUAGAAGAAGUCUUCCUAAAUAUAGCGAGGCAGGCAGAGCUCGAGAAUGCUGCAAUAGAUGGAAGCACGGCCACUUUGACCUUAAGACCAGGUGUAUCAGUGAAGGUACCUAUAGGAGCAAGGUUCGUGGGGAUCCCAGGAACAGAAACUUCAGAAAAUCCGAGAGGUAUUAUGGUUGAAGUAUUCUGGGAAGAAGAUGAAAAGGGUAGCCUUUGCAUUUCAGGUCAUUCUCCUGAAAUGGCAGUGCCUUCUAACAUCACGAUGGCUUCUUCAUUUCUUUCUCCUGGAAAUUCCCUAGGCAAUGGCCAUAACCGGAGAGGAUCGGUUCAUGGCUUUGUAAUUGAUCCUGCUCAGAUUACUAGAAAUUAG